AUGAGGUUUGUCCAAUAUAUUCCGACUGGAAUUCCAAACGAAGAUGGUGAGUUCCCGGGAAGGAACUAUACAGUUGGAAAAGUCAUACAACAACUGUAUGAUAUUAGGAAAGCUUCAAACCCCAAACUUGCAAUGACACUCAAAUUGCUUAUGAAUUCGACAUGGGGAUAUUCCAUUAAGAAACCUCAAAAGAUGAAGAGUAAACAUUAUGAGAAGGUCGACAACUUUGUUGAAAGGUUUUCUCCUUUUGUUUUGAAGUACGAAUUUACUCAAGGUCAAAAUGGCUUAGUAACCACAUUAAAAUCUAUUGUCGAACAUUGGUCUUACCCUCAGUUCGCAAAGGCAGUCCUUGACAACUACAACAAAUUCUUCUCCGAAGUCAAAUCGAAAGUUGUGGUUUACUAUGAGAACAUUGACGCACUCAUGACGAACGAAGAAGGCUAUAACAAACUCAUUGAAAUGGGAAUGGUCGGUGAAAAGAUGGGCUGUUUUAAGCUAGGUAAGGUAUUUUCAGAAGUUCAUGUCCUCUCCAAGCGUAAGUACUGGGGCAUACUUGAAGACGGCACAGAAAUAAAACAUUGCAUGAAAUAA